AGAGCUGCUUCACCUGCCUCCGUUGUACUUAUUUUAUUAAAAAAAGAAGAUUUACUCCAAGCGCCCGCUGCAUAUUUUCUUCUGCAUAACGGAUAAUGCUAUUGCUAAACUCUUGUAAGAGUUUACUCACCUUAUUGACUUCUUCUGUUUAAUGACCUUAAAAGUCAAGGACAUAAUGGAUUUCAGAAAACUUCAGUCUGUUUAGCAUUGGAGGGUCUUCAGGUGAAGGAGCCAGCAAUGCUCCCAAAUAUUAGGGUGGCCAACGAAGGGACUGUGAACUCUCUGAAAGUGAGAGAGGAGUGCAUUGCUGCAUUAGAGGCACUGAACAAGGUGGUGUCUUGCUAUAGGCACUUGGCAGCCUCAGUUGGAGGUUCAUUAGACAGCAUCCAGCUGCGUGAUGAGCUCAGGCGCACCCGAGAGAGAGCCCAAGAACUGGCGCUGACUAACAGGAACAGGCUGACCGCAGCCCUUCGGAACAAAGAGUUGAGCAAGGAGGAUCGGGAAGAUCUAGAACGCCUAUGGGUGCAGUUCUCCUCUUGUCUGGAGCUUUUUCAUACUGACAUGUGUAAGGUCUAUGAGUUGGGCCAGGCUCUUCCUCUAUCUGCAACUCAUCAGCCUGCAAUGCAGACCGGUCUUACAGGCGACACUUCUCCGAUUGCCUCCAGAGCUCUUAGUGUCCCGAAUAUCACCUACAAUGAUUUGCCAACUAACAAUGCUAACACGGAGCUUAAAGAAUUAGACGAAGAGAUUAUGAAAGUUGAUCAGAUGAUCACCGACAUGGAGGAAAAAGUUAAUGUUUUAAGGUGGACUGUAGAAGCAAACACAAACGUGAAUGAUGAGAUUGAGAACAAUGAAGCCUCCUCCGUGACUUUGCUUUCUGUGGAAGAAAGGGAAACUCGGAAUUGCUGCAAUGGGGGGCGGUUAAUUGUGUCUUUGCUUUUGUGUGGAGUAACCCUAAUCACAGUUACACUUUCAUCUGUGUUAUAAAUCGUUACAUAUUGGCAGAAUUGUUAAAUUAGCACUGGGCCAGCAUAUAAGUUUAUUCAU